AGAGAGAGAGAGAGAGAGAGAGAGAGAGAGAGAGAGAGAAGAGAAGAAGAAGAAGAAGUAGAAGAAGAAGGAAGAAACGGAGCAAGACACUGAAAGGAUUCAACUAUGCUGUGCUGUAUUAGAAGAACUAAGCCGGUUGAGAAGAACGAAGAAGCCGACCAGGAGAUCAAGCAGGAUGGAACCAAACCCGAAGAAAACGCCCACAAGGCCGCAACCAAGAUCCAGGCCAGUUUCCGAGGGCACAUCACCCGGAAAAAAAUGAAAGAUGGCGAGAAAGAGGAAGAAAACGGCGGCGUUCCGGAUGAGUCCGCAGAGACACAGGAGCGAAUCUCCCCAUCCGAAGAGAAGCCGGCGGAAGAUUCCACCGAAACCGCAGAGGAGAGCAAACCAGUCAAGAGUCCCGUGGCCGAGCAGCCCAACUCACCUGCUGCAGAAGCUCCGCCCACUGCUGCUGCUGAUCCUCUCCCCUCAGACACGCCUACUAAAGAGGAAGUCCAGGAGCAGCCACAGGAAGCGGAGAAGCCUAAAGAAGGAGAGUGCCGAGAGGCGCCCGAGAAACCUGCUGAAGAUGCACAGAACCGGGAAGAGGAAGCCAAACAAGCCGACGUGCCUGAUGCCUCAGAGAACCAGGAAACAGACCAAAUAGACAAAAAAGAGGCUGUUGAAGACUCCAAACCAGCAGAGGAGCUUUCAGACGCUGGCGAGGGCAAGAAUUAAGCGACCGGUCAAAUGUAAAGUCAUGAAAUAAUUCACAGGCUGCUCUUUAAGCUGAUAAAAACAGUCUGUUUUUAUGUUUGUCCUCUAUUUUCGGUGUGGCAAUGAUUUUCGGCCGUUUGGAGGGAGUUUUCAAGUGCGAGGCGGAUUCCUCCAUAACCAAAGGACACAAACCUUCAUCUUCAUAAGCGAGCGCAGCCUCUCUUGCUGUGAUUUUCUAUAGCUGUACGUUUAGCUCUUUUACUAAUCUAACCCGGGCUUCGCUCUUCAGAGUGAAACGCUGCCAACCCUACGACGAUCCGUCGGCCGUUUUCUGGCUCAUUGCAUGAGAAAUCUUCCUCCAGAGACGAGAACCUUCACACUUGCCAAACUAAUACACGUGGCUUCUUUUCAUGUCCUUGGUGUUGUUAUAUGAACGUUUAAUUGGAGAAAUUGCAGCGCUGAUGUUCAAACAACUGAGAAAAUGUAAUGGGAAAAAACGCCAGUCUUUCUGUUCAAGUGCAAUGUGAGGUUUGAAUCUACAGAGUAAAAUCGUGGAAAUGGUUUUAUGUCUGUUUUGGAAAUAAAGAAAUGUGCCAAUUAUCUUCAA